AUGCCGCAGAUGUGGGACAUGUCGUCAGGUCAGACCAUGCUCAGUGGCAUGGACUUCGAACUCAGUAACGAUAUCGGGGGACCAGGACAGGAGCCAUCACCACCACUGAGCCAUACGAGCCAGCAAAACUUUUUCCAGGACAACCAAACUUCUCUUCUACCCCCAGCAGACUUCAGCAGAGAUUCCAAUUCCUCCUCUCCAGCUGCUUCAAAUUUCAUCUUCGACCUGUCCAAGGAUGUGGAUUGCAAAUGCUCCACUCAAAUCAGCCAGCUCAUCUAUUCUGUCAGUCUGCGGCGUGCGACAGCAGUUCCACUAGACGUUGUUUUCGCUGUGGAACAACAGCUCAGCCAGACCAAAGAAACAAUCACCGCAUGCGCGAACUGCUCUCUCGGCUCACCAUACAUGAGCAUGAUGCUUUGCACUGCCAUGAGCUGGGUGAUUGAGCAUCUAGAAGCCUAUAUGCGCGAGGCAACAGUCAGCACGCCCAACGGCCAAAUGACGUACCUGACAAUCAGCGGCUUGACGCUGAGCAAAGACAUGUCUCAAUCGUGUUCUGAGGCAUUGGUCAAACUCCGCCUCAGACGAGUGGUGCAGACAGCACGAGAGUUGUCAAUGUUCAACAUGGAGACGAAGAGCACGCUUUUGGAUGGAUUGCGAUCCGCGGCAGCCGAGACUGGAGCGGCAGCGCAACAGAUCUUCCAGGCCAUACCAGCGCAACCACCCAAGGUAUGUCGAAGUAUUCUCACUGCUGCCACGACAAAGAAGAACGCUGAUCAGAUCCAACAGAUGCAGCUUCAAUAUGAGCUGUCCAACGUCUCUCUUAGCACACAGUCAAUAUACGCCAUCGCCCUAGCUUUCGCAGCCCUCUGGGUAGUGCAGAGCUCCAUCCGAGCCUGGUGGCGCCUCCGGCACAUUCCCAGCGCGCACUUCACCGCGGCAUUCUCCUACUUCUGGAUAGGACGCACCACAUACAGCGGCCGUCAAUACUGGAUACUCCGCGACUUGCAUACCAAACGCGGUCCGCUUGUGCGCGUCGGGCCCAACGAAGUCGUCACUGAUGACCCCAACAUCCUGCGCACCAUCUCUGCGGCGCGUAACCAUUACCCUCGCAGCGAUUGGUACGAAGCUGGCCGAUUCAACCCGUAUCACGGUAACUUGUUCACGACUACCGAUCCGGCAGAGCAUAAGAAAGCGAAAAUGAGGUCCAUGGCCGCAUACAACGGGCGCGAAACUCAAGGUCUCGAGGGUUUGAUCGACGACCAGGUCAAGACGCUUAUCAGCGUUGUCCGAAACCGCUAUGUGGUGUCUUCGCCAGGAAAGGGCCAGCCUCUGCUGGAUCUAGCGGCCAUCACGAAAUACUUCACCAUGGAUGUCAUCACACGGAUGGGUUUCGGCAAAGCGGUUGGCUACCUCGAGGACGAAAAAGACCACUACGAAUUCUUGGGCACAGUAGACGAGCUUUGGCCGAGGAUGUCGACGGUGGCUGACAUACGUUGGAUCCGCAAGAUUGCAUUCUCGCCUUUCGUGCUCAGAUUGGUCGGACCGAAGAGCAGCGACAAAAAGGGCUUCGGGGCACUGAUGGGUUUCGCAGCUGAUCAGGUCAGCCGUCGCUUUGCUGCACCCGAUGGUGGUAAAAAUCACAAGGACUUUCUGGCGAGUUUGAUGGCUCGUGGCUUCACAGAGGAAGAGUGCCAAUCCGAGGGCCUUUUUCUCCUACUCGCUGGAAGUGAGAGCACCGCUAACGCCAUGCGCUCCAUUCUCAUACACACCAUAAGCUCGCCCGCCGUGUAUAAUCGACUCUCUGCUGAGAUCCGGGACGCGGUACGGACGGAGAAGGUGUCCUUCCCCAUUACCUUGGAGCAGGGAAAGAAGUUGCCGUAUCUGCAGGCGGUCAUCUACGAAGGCCUGCGCAUGCGCCCGGCCAUUCUCGGCCUCUUCCCAAAACAAGUACCCGCAGGCGAAUAUCCAAUCUUCCACGGAAAGAUGCUUCCCCCAGGGACCGAUGUAUGCAUGAACAUGUCAGCCCUGCUGCAGUCAACAGAUCUGUUCGGCGCCGACGCGGCCGUGUUCCGACCAGAACGCUUCAUGGAGGUAGGCGACGAGAGACGCAGGAAAAUGGAGCAGGACGUCGACAUGUCCUUUGGCUACGGAGGCUGGGUAUGCGCAGGCAAGAACAUCGCUAUGAUGGACAUGGUGAAGGUGGUCUUCGAGAUGCUUCGCGUGUUCGACUUGCAGCUUGUGCGUCCAUUUGAGCCGUGCGAUACGAUUAGCUAUGGCGUGUUCCUUGACAAGGGGUUGAUGGUGAAAGUGUCAGAGAAGAAGUGA